CACAUUAUUAUUAUUAUUAUUACUAUUAAUAAAAAUAUUUGUUCAAAGAAUUAGGACCAGAGGGAGUCCGGUACUCCUUUCGGUCCGUAGCAUCGCCAGGUCCUCUUUAUAAGCGAGGACCGAAGAGGGAGGGUCGGGUUUCAUCCUUCGCUACACUCUAAGCCUGUUGGGUUCUGGGGCUCGGUGGUAGCAGAGGAGAAGAACGCGAAGCUUCUCUGAGAGGAACCCGAUCUAAUGGCAAACGCCUUGGCUGAGCAAGGAAGAUGGAGAGAUCUCGACAAGCUUCUCGCCAGGCCCGGAAACAUCGUCGGCCAUGGCUUCGAGCACAGCCCCACUCUGAGGGAAGAGAUCGGGGAGUUUGUGAGGGUGUUGGUGGUGGGGGCUGGUGGGUUGGGCUGCGAAUUGCUCAAGGACCUGGCUCUGUCUGGCUUCAAGAACAUCGAUGUAAUCGACAUGGACACCAUCGAGGUUUCCAACCUCAAUCGGCAGUUCCUCUUUAGGCUUCAGGAUGUUGGCAAGUCCAAGGCAGAGGUAGCUGCGAAGCGUGUGAUGGAAAGAGUUAGUGGCGUGACUAUUGUCUCUCAUUUUUGCAGGAUUGAGGAUAAGGACCUGGAAUUUUACAAUGAUUUCAAUAUAAUUGUCCUUGGUCUUGAUUCCAUUGAGGCUCGAAGCUACAUUAAUUCUGUUGCUUGCAGUUUUUUGGAGUAUGAUUGUGAUGACAAGCCAGUACCUGAAACUGUCAAACCUAUGGUAGAUGGUGGAACUGAAGGUUUCAAAGGUCAUGCUAGAGUAAUAUUGCCUGGGACUACACCUUGCUUUGAGUGCAACAUUUGGCUUUUUCCUCCACAGGUGAAGUUUCCAUUGUGUACCCUUGCUGAGACCCCGCGAACUGCUGCCCAUUGUAUUGAAUAUGCACAUUUGAUCAAAUGGGAUGAGGCACAUAGUGGGAAAGCUUUUGAUGCUGAUGAUCCUGUGCAUAUGCAGUGGGUCUACUCAGAGGCUCUCAAGAGGGCUGAGCUAUUUGGUAUUACUGGAGUUACAUAUUCUCUGACUCAGGGUGUUGUGAAGAAUAUUAUUCCAGCAAUUGCUUCAACCAAUGCAAUCAUAUCUGCUGCUUGUGCCUUGGAAGCCUUAAAGAUUGUAUCUGGAUGCAGUAAAACUUUGUCCAAUUAUCUCACAUAUAAUGGCCUUGAAGGAACUCACAUUAAAGUCACUGAUUUUGUAAGAGACAUGGAUUGUCUUGUGUGUGGACCGGGUACUCUUAUUGAGCUGGACACUUCAGUUACUCUUUCACAGUUCAUAGAGCUACUUGGGGAGCAUCCGAAUCUGCAUCUGUCGAAACCUAGUGUCACAUACCGAGGCAACAAUCUAUAUAUGCAGUCUCCCCCAAUACUAGAAGAAAUGACACGUUCAAAUCUCCUUCUCCUGCUGUUUGACCUCAUGGGCAAGGUCCCAAAGGACACCAUUCAUGUCAGUGGUACAACCGAGAAGGAUGGGAAGAAGACAUCUUGCCUGAGGAAACUUCGUGUUGUCUUUAAAGGGGUUGUUGGCGGGAGCACAGACAUGGAUAUAGCCAGGAGCUCAUGAAAAUUACUUGCAAUGUUCAAAACAAAUCCAUACAAUAUUGCCAAUUUGUGAUCACAAGUUUUGAGGUGAUGUUAUAAUAUUGCCAAUUUCUGAGCAUAAGGUUUGAGGUGAUGCUUUCUUUUGAUGUUAUACUGGUCAACCAUUUAGGAAUGUGUUUAGAAGCAAAUCUCUGCCCGGAAAAUUUUUGUAGUUGUGUUCCAAUAUUAUAGUUGUCACGCCUCCAUCCGAGAUCGUGAAUUCAAAA